GAUCUAUCUGGAGCACAAUUGGGAUCGACUCGAGCUUUCUGUAGGUUGGAGAUUCCGAGGAUAAGCUGUUGGUUAAGGAAUCGGGAUUAAUUCUGGCCCUUUUUCUGGGGUUUUUCGGGAUUUCGUCAUUUCUGACAUGCUCGUGGGACUUGAGUGAACUCUGAUUUCGGAGAUUCUGCUGAUCCCAUGUGACUGAUGGCAUAAUUUAGUGCCGGAGAUUCAUUCUCUUCAGUUUGCAAGACACGAAAGGGAAUGCUCAGAUGAACUGUGAGGUACAUGGUAGUAUGCGAAGUUUAUGUGUUUCAUGAUAGAUCGCAGAUUUCUUAUUUUCUGGAGGAUUAGAAAGACAGAAUUGGUGACGUAGGGGACUUAUAUCUUGGGUUCUGGACGGGCUUGCACAAACUUUGGGCAUGAGAACCCCCUGGUUAAAUAAGCUAGCUCUCGUUCUUGGCCCAAGGCCACCAAUCAGUUGGUUAGUCUUGUGCCUUAUUAGUGUAUUAGCACUAAUCACUCUCUUGGGGUCGUCUUCAUCAAAUGCAUUUGAAGCUGCAACUUCCACUCCGGCACCUGACAUCUAUACGAACUAUAGAAAGCUAAAGGAGCAAGCUGCUGUUGAUUAUUUGGAACUAAAAUCCCUUUCGGGGGGUGCUGGUCGGGUAAAGGAACUCGGUCUAUGUGGCAAAGAGAGGGAGAACUUUGUUCCCUGCUACAAUGUCUCUGCAAAUAUGUUGGCUGGAUAUAAGGACGGGGAGGAGUUCGAUCGUCACUGCGAGCUGUCAAGAGUAGUAGAACGCUGUUUGGUUCGCCCUCCAAAAGAAUAUAAGAUUCCUCUCAGGUGGCCAUCUGGUCGGGAUGUGAUAUGGAGUGGAAAUGUGAAGAUUACGAAGGACCAGUUUCUUUCUUCAGGAAGCAUGACUAAAAGGAUGAUGCUGCUGGAAGAAAAUCAAAUUGCUUUCCACUCUGACGAUGGUUCAAUCUUUGACGGUGUCAAAGACUAUUCACGCCAAAUCGCAGAGAUGCUAGGAUUGGGCAGUGACACAGAAUUAAUCCAAGCAGGGGUGCGCACAGUGCUGGAUAUCGGUUGUGGUUUUGGCAGUUUUGGGUCGCAUUUACUAUCUUUAAAGGUCAUGGCUGUUUGUGUUGCGGCAUAUGAGGCAACUGGUAGCCAAGUUCAAAUGGCCCUCGAGAGAGGUCUUCCUGCAAUCAUUGGCAACUUUGUUUCUCGGCAACUUCCAUAUCCUACGCUGUCAUACGACAUGGUUCACUGUGCUCAAUGUGGAAUUGUUUGGGAUGACAAAGAUGGGAUUUUCCUUUUAGAAGUAGAUCGGCUACUGAGACCUGGAGGUUACUUUGUUUUAACUGCUCCGGUGAAUAAGGCACAGGGAAGUUCAUUGAGUACAAAGAAGGCAAACAUGGUUAUUCCCCUGGAAAAGUUUGCGGAUGAACUUUGUUGGAGUCUUCUGGCUCAGCAAGAUGAUACUUUCAUAUGGCAAAAAACUGUGGAAGCAAACAGCUAUAAAUCCCGGAAGCAGGCUGCCAUACCCCUUUGUAAAGGACAUGAUCUACAAUCAUACUAUCAGCCCCUUGUUUCAUGUAUUAGUGGCACUUCCAGCAAACACUGGACUCCCAUUCAGAAUAGAUCGUCAGGUCCAUAUUUGAGUUCGGCAGAGCUCGAAUUACAUGGAGUUCAACCUGAUGACUUUUUUGAGGACCUGCAGUACUGGAGAUCAGCCCUGAAAAACUAUUGGUCUCUGCUCACCCCAUUGAUUUUUUCUGACCAUCCAAAAAGGCCUGGAGACGAAGAUCCAUUGCCUCCCUUUAACAUGGUUCGGAAUGUUAUGGACAUGAAUGCUCAUUUUGGGGGUUUGAAUUAUGCGUUUUUGGAAGAAAAGAAAUCAGUUUGGCUUAUGAAUGUUGUGCCUGUUGGGGCUCAGAAUACACUGCCUCUCAUUCUCGAGCAAGGUUUUGCUGGUGUUUUGCAUGAUUGGUGUGAACCAUUCCCAACAUAUUCUCGAACCUAUGAUAUGCUCCACGCAAAUGGUCUACUUUCUCAUCUCAGUUCUGAGAGGUGCAGCAUGAUGGAUUUAUUGUUGGAAAUGGAUAGAAUUCUGCGUCCUGAGGGGUGGGUUGUCUUAUCCGACAAAAUGGGAGUUAUAGAGCUGGCGAGAAUGCUUGCCACUCAGAUACGCUGGGAAGCUCGUGUGAUUGACCUUCAAAAUGGCAGUGACCAACGGCUGCUUGUUUGUCAGAAACCUUUUGUGAGAAAAUGAUUGAUUCCGCUGCAGAGAGGUUUUCAACAUCCAAGAACUGUACAGUGUUUCAGCUCAGGUCAUUGCUAGACAGUGAACCAUCCGACGCAAUCUCCGCAUGGCAUAUACUUCGGCCCUGGAAAGGAAAAUUCGACAUCGGCGGUGGCUGAACUAUGUGGUGUGCAAACUGUAGAUCCAGUGGUUUGGCCCAGAAAGCAGCCGCAAUGAAUUUUGUUGAGGCUAUCUGUAGCAAUUCAUUCAUCUCGUGUUCUCCUCAUUUUUUAGUCUCUCCAAUUUUUUUUUCCGCCUAUCAAUUUUGAGAUUGAUAAUUGAUCUAUAUGUUUGUACUAAA